AUGGCAGAAGGCUGGGAAAAAGUCCAUAGCAUUUUAUCUUGGAAAGAGCCAAAAUUAUCAGGGCUAGUCUUUGGCUGUUUGAAUCUAGUUUUUUAUCUCAUUGUGUUUGGUGAUUGCUCACUGAUCGAGAUUUUGAGCUACAUCUGCUUAUCAAACUUAGUUGUAGUUUUUAUCUAUCAGACAAUAAACCCUUCAACCUUUCCCGAUGAUGAGUAUGAGUUUGUUUCCCGAGAAGUACUAGAAGAUUUAAUAGCCUUUGGAAAUGACUUAUUCCACAAAACUUUUGGCAAAAUCUACAGUCUGAAGAGCACCGAAAAUGUCAUUCAAGUCUUGCUGGCUCUUUUCAUCGCAACUUUUGUGUCUGGCUUAUUUUCUACAGCAGGAUUUUUAUGGUUAGCAACAAUAUUGGCAUUUGUUGUACCUAUUGCAUAUAGCUCACAAAAAGAACAAGUUGAUAGCCAGAUUCAAUUCGUGAAGGGCAAUUGGGAUGGGGUCAAAAACCAAGUGAAAGCAAUGAUACCUAAGGCAAGAUCGUGCCAGAGAGAUUAA